AUGCAGCAAAGUGUUUCCGAGAUGUUGGAUAGGCUCUGUCGAGCACUCAUACUCGGACCAAAAACUUCAUCAUCAUCAAUUAGUAGUACUGUCAUCUCCUCAUACGGAUCAGAUCCCUUUUCCAUGCCAUCAUUUGCAUAUCCAGGUUCAAACAGUCAUACAACAACAAUGCCAUCCAACAAUUCAUCGGAAAUGACUGAGAAACUGCUGAAGAAAAUUAAAAUGAAUUGCUUUUCGUAUUUGUUAGAUAAGAACGACAACUAUACCCCUCCUCUGCAUUAUACUGAGGCUUCAUUUUCGUCCAAGGCUGCAGAACUGAAUUAUAGAGCCAAUACAUUUCUUUGUAAUUUAAGGAUGCACGGUUUGGAAUCACUGGCAGCUAGUCUCGAAAUUUUAUUUGACAAAUUAAUUUAUUUAAAUGAGGCGGUGACAUCCAUAUUACUGAUACUUUGUGAAAAUAUACCAAUAGGAGAGAUUUGCUUAACCCAAAAAGAAAACAAUUCUAUAUAUGAUUUUUCAUCAACUACAAGUCACUUUUCCGUAACACCUAGUUUUUCUAACUCUCAAUUUAGUUUGGAAAUGCAAACCGAAUUUUUCCCUAAUUUAUUGACCUGUAACUCUGGGUCUAGCCAGUUCAAUGUAAUACCUACUAAUCAUACUUCCAACGCUUUUGUUGAUGUAAAUAAUAUUUCACAGACUACAGAUAUCACUAGUCUCAAGAGGCCCUUAAGCGACUUUACAACAAUUCUGCACUCAACACCUGAGAAAAAAAAGAGAUCUAUUUAUUUUACUGAACUAAAACCUGAUAAGCUUGACGAAUACAAACAGUAUUUUGAACGAAUGUGUUUUGGGUUAAAUACUCGUACAAUGCGAGAAGAAGACAUUGUCAAAGACUGUCUACUACUUUUUCAAGGAAUUUCUUCAGGAGUAUUUGUUUGGGAUGCAAAAAAAUUUAUUUUCAAAGUCCAACCAGUGCGAUUGAAAACUUUGUCCUUUCUUGGAUUGCGUGAAUUACUUCAACAAAUUGCUCAAGUUGGAUCUAUGUACAAACGACUUGAAGUUGUUGCAGAGUUUUGCCAAAACAACAUCACUCUUACUGGAAAGUGUUUACAGAGCUGUGGAGCUGGACUUAUUGAAAUUUUAAAGUGGUACAAAUCAUGUGUUUUGGAAUUACACAAAAUAUUGCAGAGAUUGGUCACAGACUAUUCCAAUCAGAAAAGUCGGCUGACGUUACUAAACGUUAUUCAUCACAUCAAUCCUCUAAGGCAGAGAUUGAACAUUGUAUGCGAAAUUUUUGAGUGCGAUAUUCAAGAACUAAACCCAGAUGAUGAAUAUACUCUAUUACUAAAUGGUCACUAUAUCUCAAACAGAAUUAGAAGCAUUCCUACUGGUGCAAAGCUAAUCUCUGUUCUAUACGAAAAGAUUCAAUUUUUAGAGUCCAGCUGUAUUCCUGAAGUGAUGAACAUCUUACUUCUCCUUUUUUCUUACUCUGUCACACCUUACUUGGCAUGGAUAAAACAAUGGAUAUUUUGUGGUGAGAUUAUGGAUGACAAUUAUGGAGAAUUUUUUGUCAAGGCAACCAACAAUUUGCAGGAGCCAUGGUACAGUUUUCAAAUUGAGGCUCAAAAUAUUCCUCUUCCCAUUACGUCAUGUGCUCAUGAUAUAUUUCUUAUUGGAAAUACUCUUGAUACAAUACGAAGAUGUAAUCCCUAUCAUUUUAUUUUGAAUGACACAGUUACUAAUACUAUUCGGAAUAUUAGUAUUUUAUUUACCGAAAAAGACUUGAAAAGAUAUGAAAUUCUGUGCUCUAGAUUGCAAAUUAUUCAGCAUAAUGAGUCAUUGAUGGAAAUGCACAGACAAUUAUCAGAAUUGGAAAAAAAGAUACAAAGUCAGGAAGAAAAACUAAAAUUUGGUGAAGACGUUUUGGAUAGAUUUCAAGAGGAGGAAACAAAACUCAAAGACAAGAUGAAACGAGACAUUUUGGAUAGCUAUAGAAAGAAAAUGAACAUUACAGAAUUUGAACAAGCUUUACAAAAGGAUGAUCCUAAUAGUGAUACCACUCUCAAUGAUGAAGUGCGCUCAGAAAACACGAUGGUCGAUGAAAUUCCUAUUGCCGAACCUGUUUUAUUGCAAGAUGAGACAAAUGGUAAUCUCAAGCUAGAUCAAUUUGAUGCUAUAAGAUUUUUAGAAAGCAGCUCUUCAAUACUAGAGCUUCCAAUAGAAAUAGUGAAAAAUCGUAGUCUGGUAUCACUCUUCUAUCAGCAAAAACAAAUGGUGGAUAGCAUAUUUAUCAAGAUGCUAUUUCAUGACUAUAAGAUCAACGAGCAUCUUGGUGCGAUCAAUAACUACUUUUUGUUUAAGGCAGGAGAUUUACAUGAUUGCUUUGCUAAUCUAAUAUAUGAUGGUAUGAAGAAAGGAAUUAACUAUUCAGAUCUAUAUAUAAUUAAUAGAACGUUUAAGGAAGCAUUCAAAAUUUCUAAUCAUGCAGAACAAGACAAUGACUUGCUCACAUCUAAUUUGUUCUUUGAUAUCAACCCUAAUUCCACACAAUCCAUUUUUGACCCAAACACUAUUCACUCAUUGGAUCACAUAGUUUUGAGAUAUCAAGUUACAUAUCCAGUGAAUAUUGUUCUCACUACUAGUGCUAUGGACAAGUAUUCGCAGGUACAUUCAUUGUUGUUGAAAUUGAAAAUUGUGGAUAUGGCCCUGCAUGAGAUUUGGUCUAAUCUUAAAGUACACUCAAAACGAACGAUUAGUCAACAAAUGCGUUAUCUCCACAUGUUUAGACAAGAAGUUCAGCACUUUGUGAGCGUAUUCAAAACCUUCAUUUUUGUUGAAGUUAUUGAAUCAAGUUUUUCCAACUUUGUUAACGAACUAUUUCGAGAGAAAACAAGCGAUAAUCUCAAUAUUGAAAAGCUACUGAUAUUGCAUAACAAGUUUGUUGAGUCUUUGCACAAACAAUGCUUACUUGGGCAAUCAGCCAAACCUGUAAUGGACAUUAUUAUCAAGAUGUUUGGACUAAUUUUAAAAUUCAAAGGACAAAUGCAAGCCAAUAGUUUUAACAACGAAGAAGACAUUCCAGAGUUGUCGUUCAAAUUGAUGUCACACACAAGAAAAGAGUUUGUAGAUUGUGCCUUGUUUUUGGAUUCGUUAAUGGAUCGGUUAGCUCAACAAUCAUCAACAUCAAAAUUUGGUCAAUUCAGAAUGAACUACAAAUUUACGUAUUGA